GCGGAUGGCGAGCCCGGUGAUGACGUCUUUGGGCGCAGCGGCCAAUCAGGGCUCACUAGGCCCGAGAGCAGAGCGGAGUGAAGUGUCGGGGAGACGCGAGCGGACGGAAGGAUUUUUGGGGUGUCCCCGUGUUUUCCUGUCUUCGCCGAGGAGGUCGGUGGGAGUGGGAGGAAGCCGGAGAGCGGGAGGGGCCGUCUGUCUGUCAGCGGUACAGGUUGUGAAUUAAUCCAGGAGUGCAGCACCAGCCUACGGCCUGAACCCCCGCCCCCCCCCGAGUGUCAUCAGCCACAUGGAUUACCAGGGGAUUAGCGCAAGGAGGGAGACGGACUAAUAAGGGGAGGGGGCAAAGGGUUGCAAGACAUUGUACGCUCCCCUCACUCUGGAGAUUUGGAGGAGGGGAGGCUUUUUCACCCUCAUCGGCCCCCGAAUUAUUAGCAGCUGCCUGCAAGCCCCUUUGAUUUAUCAUGCCGGGGCUUAUUCAAUAGCUUCUGUAGAGCUGCCCGUUCCCCACAUCUCAUUUCAAAUCUAUUUCUCCCAUUGCCUACAAGUGCUGCGUGGGGAUAUGCUGUACACCCUAGUGCCCUCCUCCCAUCUCCACGAUGCCUGCAGGAACUGUCAAGUCUUUCAAACCCAGCAAGUACAUCCCUGUGACCGCAGCAACUGUGUUUCUGGUGGGCUCCACGACGCUCUUCUUCGCUUUCACAUGCCCAUGGCUCAGUAUAGAGGUGUCUCCAGCUCUUCCUGCUUAUAACGCUGUCAUGUUUCUAUUCGUGUUGGCCAAUUUUAGCAUGGCCACUUUUAUGGAUCCCGGAAUCUUCCCUAGAGCUGAAGAGGAUGAAGAUAAAGAGGACGACUUCCGGGCUCCCUUAUAUAAGACGGUGGAAGUGAGGGGCGUCCAGGUCCGCAUGAAGUGGUGUUCAACCUGCCGCUUUUACAGACCUCCUCGCUGUUCUCACUGCAGUGUUUGCGACAACUGUGUGGAGGAGUUUGAUCACCACUGUCCAUGGGUGAAUAACUGCAUUGGACGCAGGAACUAUCGCUACUUCUUCCUUUUCCUUGUGUCCCUCACAUUGCACAUAAUGAGCGUCUUCAUCUGUGGCCUUUUCUACACAUUGGGGCAUUCAGACCAACUCAGAGACAUCCCAGCAAUUGUGACUAUUUCAGUGAUGUGUGUGGCUGGCUUGUUUUUCUUCCCGGUUGCAGGACUUACAGGAUUUCACAUUGUCUUGGUGUCCCGAGGUCGCACUACUAACGAGCAGGUCACUGGAAAGUUCCGUGGUGGAGUGAAUCCAUUUAGUAAUGGGUGCUGUCAAAACGUUGGCCAUGUUUUGUGUAGCUCGUCCCCACCCAGAUACCUAAAACGUCAUAAUCUAUCAGUUGUCUCGAUAACUCCCCCAUUUUUACGCCCUGAGAUUUCAGAAAGUCAGAUUGGCCUUAAAAUACUAGACAAUGGCAUACAAAGUCCUCUUCAACACUACCAGUCUCGAAGCAGUUUAGAACUCACGGAGUCUCAAUCGGCAGACGCAGAACCACCGCCGCCACCAAAGCCGGACCUGAGCCGCUACCCAGGGCUGAGAGCUCAUCAGAUAAGCCUCGGGGAGAGGGAAGACAAUUCCCUGUUGAAUUCAGAGAGUCCUCCCACUCCAACGAUGUACAGAUAUCGGCCCGGGUUCAGCAGUGGAAGUGGUGGGCCUCCACCCUGUUCUAAGCUUUCUCGUGUGGACAGUCUCCAGGAUUCGCCAAUGCCCACCUCUGACUUAUCACGUCCUCCCAGCUCUCGCUCAGAGCCCAGCCUAGAGCCGGAUUCCUAUCACCCACCACCAGCUCGGUCCUCCAGUUUGCGCUCUGCCACUGGUACCACCGCACAACUUCCCUCUCUUCCAUCAGAAGGAACAACAUCCACCUCAUACAAAAGCUUAAAUCAGACACAGAAUGGAAGUCUUUCUUAUCAGAGCCUACUGAGCCCUUCGGACGAGACAGAACCAGAAACGGCUGGGUACUCUUCUCCAUACCUGUCAGCUCGAGAGCGCCUCCGACCAGCCUGUCCUCCUCCAAUCGCUCCUCGUUACGGAAAGCCGCGAAUUUCACAUCACCGGGUAGGAGGUGAUUCAGAUGCAGCAGCUUUACCCUUGUUGACAUUAAAGGAUGAGUCUCCUGCAAAGUCGGCGCACUCUCGCAGCAACGGUCAAGCUUCUGUGUCCCCACCAGUCAGCCCUUCACGCCCAGGAGGUGUAAAAACUGUGUCAGGUGUGGGCGGAACCACAUACGAGAUCUCUGUAUGAAAAAAAUUAAAAACAAAAAUGAGAACAUUUCAGACACAAGGACUGUCCAAGCGACCCAUCAUCGUGUCAGAAUCUCCGACUGCCAAUCCAGGAGCCCUCCUGUGUCCUCCAGUCCCCCGCCCCUUGGGGUUUUGUUUCACUAUAAAUAUAUAUAAAUAUUAUAUUUUAUUUUAAUUUUUUUUUUUUUAUUUGGUUUUUAAAAACCACACCCACUCAUCUUUUUAAAGUGUCACAUACGGUUUUAUGAGAAAGGACUCAAAAACAUUCUAAUUCGUGUUUAUACUGAGCGCCAUCCAACUUUUAUCACGGUUGCUCCAAAUGCCAUUUUUCUGACUAUUCUUUUUGCCACCAGACAGCCAACGAUGUUCUAUAUUCUCUAUUAUGGUUCCAGGGAAUAUUACCUACCCUUUUAUUUACAGCUGGUGAUUGGUUCUCAGUCCGAAAUGAUUUUUUGUUUUCUUAUGCGUGGAAGUUGGGGUGCAGCUUUUUUUUUUUUUUUUUAAUGUUUUGUAUAAUUUUUUUUAUUUUAUUUUCCGUUCUCAGAGAAGAAAAGUGAUCUGCACAAGUUUAUAAAUACAGAUAAAAUUAUAUAUGAUAUUAUUUUACAGCUGGGGAGCAGGCAAUAAGUACCCCUCCACCUUCCAAACAGGGAAGAUACAGGGGAGGGUGCCUUCAUUUUUAUUAUUUCAUUAAAAAAUAAAUGAAAAAAAAAAAUGAAAUAAAAGAAAAAGAAUUGUCAAGUGGUUUGUGUGAAAAGAUGCUUGAAAUGUUUUUCUAUACUAUGUUUAUUUUUGUAUGUCUGCUCACCUGUUUAUCCAUAUAUCAUCUAAUUUC